AUGGAACUGUCCACUUUGCUGAUCAUAACUGCCCUCUUCAUCGCUUUUCGCAUCUACCAGUCACGACGCGCAGCCUCGACGCCCAUCAUGUCCCACGGAAAGGUCAUUGAUAUCGACAACGAUGUCAUCUUCAAAGCCCUCCGCUCGACUGGUCCCGUUUUUAUCGACUUCUAUGCAACUUGGUGUGGCCCUUGCAAGGCGGUUGCGCCCAUGAUCGGAGAGCUCAGCGAGCAGUACGAGAACAUCCGCUUCCUGCAAGUCGAUGUGGAUAAGAUGAGGGAUAUCGCUAUGGAGUAUGACGUGACGGCUAUGCCCACUUUCGUGCUGUUGAAGGACGGUGAGCCGGUUGGGCUGCCGAUAAAGGGAGCUAAUCUCCCGGCAAUCAAGGCAGCACUGGCGGAUAUUUCUGCGUGA